UGGAGCCAAAAGACGAAACGUUAGCAGAGACACUUUACACGCUGUUUUCUUUAUAGCACUUGUAUUGUUUGGAUGACGCAGACCAGACGUCUGGCUCUUUGGUGUUGGGGCUACAUGACAGUCUUUCAAAUAAUCGUCCAGCUGACAGUAAGAGAGCCCGAGUCAAGUCUGUGUUGUCGUGUAUGAGACUUUUCCUCUCUUGACGGUGACGUUUCUGCUUCUGGUUCAUUGGCCAACCCAGUUUUUUAAUCCAUAGCUGGACUGGGUUGAGCUCGGAGGGAUUACGUCCCUAAUUUGUAACGUCAAACCCGCUAAAACUAGACUAGAGCUGUAGGGGAAUCAGUUUUAAAACCAACACUUUAACGCUCCGGACCAGAUUUUUCUCGUAGAAACAAACUGUGAGGGUUUGACUGUCACAGAUCUGAUCCCUGUCCUUCACUGUCUUUUCAGUUUAGGGUUAAACCCUCUUCACAUUUUAUCACAUAUAAUUUACGCCAUUAAAACGCUUUACCGGGACUUCUGAUUUGAAAAACUAAACACCGGAAGUACUGUGAGUUGUCAUUGUGUACAGCCUGGCUCAGUUCGUGGCCGGCUCUCUGUCUGCUCUCCUCUCUUGACUUGUGAACCGUAUCAGUCGCAGCUGACCUCCGGUCGAUCCUGUGCGUCGGGUUUUCCCGCUUCAUAGCUACAUAAUUAUGCAGCUCGUGCGGUGUCUCGGCAGCACGCACGCCGCGUUUCUCCGUCUCCGCUCGCCUUUCACAUACUGCGGAGCCAGCAGGUAGCCGGACAGGUGGGUCACCAGUAUGCGGUCUGACGUGGAGUACAGCCCGGUGGGAGAGGGGCUGGGGAUGCGGGACUUCUGGCUGUACGUGUGGCUGCGCAGGGCGUCGGUGAUAGCGGCUCAUGUCACCGGCUUGGGCCUGACCCUCAUCAUCUCCCUCCUGUCCAGACCCGGAACCAGUCUGUUUUCUUGGCAUCCGGUGUGUAUGUCUGUUGCAUAUUGUCUGUGUAUGACAGAGGGCAUACUCCUCUUCUCAGCUGAGGGCUCUCCCUUCUGCUUCAAAUCCCGGAAAGGUAAAGUCCGUCUCCACUGGUUCUGUCAAGCUCUGGUCCUCAUAGCUUCAGCCACUGGGCUGGGCUUCAUGGUGGCCAGUAAAAAUGUGUCAGAGCGCCCCCACCUGGUAACCUGGCACAGUCUGCUGGGCAUCUGCACCCUGGCCACCACUGUACUCCAAGCUGCUUGUGGUAUAUGCAUGAUCUUCCCUAAGCUGCUGCGCCUCUCCUCCUCCCUGCCCAAACUGAAGCUGUACCAUGCCACCUGCGGCCUGGUGGUCUACCUGCUGGCCACAGCCACCGUGGUGUUGGCCAUGUUCUCAGACUGGUUCCAGGCCACGGUGAAAGGGAUAGCCUGGUGGGCCUUCCUCCUGCUGCCCUUCUUCCCUGCUCUGGUGGUGAUGAACCAGAUCACUAACGCCUACCUGCCCCGCAAGAAACUCACCAGCUAGGAAGCACAGAGGAUGCAUCCAGCAGCCAUAUUGGAUUUACACUGUGGUGGAAGUGAGAGGCCUCAGCUAAAGGCAAAUAAACCAAAACACUAGUUAGGCCCAUAGUAGAAGAACACAAACACAUGGGCGUCUGUCUGAAACCACAAGUUUCUGAAGGGAAGUUUUGCUUGUCAACAUGUUAGUCGGUUACUGGAGCCAGACAAUCGUCAUUGGGUGGAGCUGAGAUUAGACAGCAAACCUCAAAUACUUUGAUAAUUUGUUCAAACUAAUGAUUGAUUUGUCUGCACAAAUCUGUACCUUCAAAUGAUUUAUCUGUUCACACAGAUUACUCACUUUCUGCACUCAUAUGAAUUAAGUCAUUGUAGCAGCUGCAGUUUUCUGUGUCUAAUGCAGAAACCAGAAUCUUAACAGCAGCUGAGUGAACACAUUUAUUAUAUUUGAUUAAUGAAUUGGGUCAUUAGUAUAAUGAAAGGAGUGUUUUUGGUAGUUUUUGGGCAGACGUUAUUAGGGCUGCACAAUUAAUCAAAAUAUCAAAAUUGCAAUAUGGCCAAGUGUAAUAUCCAAAUCACAG